AUGUCGAGCAAUUCUUCACAACGAAAACUGAUCGCUCAUGUAUCAGUUUCAAAAAUUCAAGCGGCAAAACGACUAAUCAAGGCAGCAAAUCCGAGUAUUAAAUCUCAGAUUCGACUACCAGAUGAUGAUUCAAUGCGUUUCUCUCGAUUCCAAUCGAAAACAAAUGAUCAUGUGAAAGUAUUCAACAUCAAUUCAACCUCAACAAGACGACGACGUAGUUCAUGCUCUUCAUUACCAUCGUGCCGUAUCCCACAAUCCCCAGAAAAUAUGAAUUUAAGACGCAACAGUAUCGAACCUGUUGGCCAUGUUCGAGUGAAUCGUGUGCAAACGACGCAAUUGACAAAGAAAGAUUCAUUAUUAUCAAAUCAACCUUGCCAGUCGAUUAUUGACACUACGAUUCGAUUGGAUGAUGUUGAUCGAGGUGCAACAUCAAUGGAUUCAUCAUCAGCAACUAGAGGACAGAAUGUAUUUAUAAAACAUGUGACAUCAACUCGUCGACCAAUCGUGAGAAAGAAACAACGGCCACCGCAAAACACCAACAAUUUGUCAUUACCUCAUUCUAUAUCACAAAAAUCGGCUAUUCAUGUUGAACACGUACCAACAAGCAGGAAAAAGCUGGCAUCCACUAGAAAUACUGCUCAUCUUGGAUUAAUUUCUGAAGGAACAGAGAAAAAUCAAAAUCCCACUAUGAAAAACGUUCAUUCAAGUGUUACUGUUGCAAGAAUAUUACGAGACAAGAAGCCUUUGCCAACAACACUUCUAUAG